GUCCAUAUAUGUAAGUUAAUUGUGGCUAAUGCACAAGAAUUAUUGCUUCAUGAUAAACUCAUUCAAUGUUCACACUCACUCAAUCUAUGGCACUCUCUAGCACCUUUUGCAUCUUCAACACUACUCACACCAUCAAGCAUAAUAAUAUUAUUGUUUCAUGUUUUCCUCGGUUUCAACUCUCUCAUAAGCCAAAGGAUGUAAAGAUCAAUCCCACUCACCAAAUCAAAAGAAGAGAGCUCAUACUUAGGAGUGGAGAGUUAGCAACCUUUGCUGCCCUAUUCAACUUGAGUGGAAAAAAGCCUGAAUAUCUUGGAGUACAAAAUAAUCCACCAUCACUAGCACUUUGUCCAUUAACUAAGAACUGCAUAUCAACAUCAGAAGAUGUCACUAAUCUCACCCAUUAUGCUCCUCCUUGGAACUACAACCCUGAAGGUAGAAAAGAUCGUGUAAGCAGAGAAGAAGCAAUGGAGGAACUAAUAGAUGUGAUUGAAUCAACAAUACCACCGGAAAAUUUUACACCGCGGAUUGUAGAUAGGACAGAAGACUAUCUUAGAGUGGAGUACCAAAGUCCAAUCUUCGGGUUAGUGGAUGAUGUUGAGUUUUGGUUUCCACAAGACAAGGACUCGAUUGUUGAGUAUCGAUCAGCAUCAAGGGUGGGGAACUUUGAUUUUGAUGUGAAUAGAAGACGAAUCAAGGCAAUGCGACUAGAGUUGGAAAAGAGAGGAUGGGCAUCUCAAGAUUCAAUAUGAGGAAAACACUCCAAUUAGCUGUGAAAAUUGUUUGUCCUUAUCAUUCACUCAUUUAUUUGUUUGCUAUGUAAAUUGGAAUGCAUGGUUUUUACCAUGUAAUAUAUUAUUAGAUUCAAAAUAAGUAACAAUCAAUAGAAAUU